CGUUUCAGAUAUGUCGUCUGACACGGGUUCCGAGUAUUUGGACGAAGAGAUACGUGGCGAUGAAUUGGGGCCGUCUAUAGAUGAUAAUGCUCUCGCCGCUGCCGCCAGCGCCGCCCGUCUUCCAUUCGACCGCCCGACUGAUCACGAGUUGGCAUUCUUCCCCGAGCUCUGGGAGCACAAGACAGCCGUCGAGGUGUUCCUGCUGCUCAGAAAUUCGACGCUCGCCACGUGGCAAUACAAUCCACUGAAAGAGUGCACAGCGUUGGAUGUCAGAAAUAACGUUUUUCCGCCGUUCAACUCAGAUUUAGACUUGAUUCAGAACAUUGUGCACUAUCUAUCCCGUCAUGGACUAAUCAAUUUCGGUCGUUACGUGAGAUCCACCAAAAUCAGUCGUUUUCUAGUCCGUGAUCGGCGUUCAGUGAUUGUAAUUGGCGCUGGAGCAGCUGGAAUUUCAGCAGCCACCCAACUGGAAUCAUUCGGAUUCGAUGUAAUCGUUUUGGAGGCAAGGAAUUGUAUUGGUGGACGUAUUCACAGUUUUAAAUCGAAAAGUGGAGAGAUUAUGGAGACUGGAGGUGAUACGCUGCGAAAAAUCGAGGAUUCACCGAUGGCCACGUUGUUGCAUCAGGUAAACUUCGAAGAGCACGGAGUAUUCGAUUUCACCUCAGUAUUCGUCGAGGGUCGUCCAUUAAACGAAGAAAAGAUUCAUUUAUUCCUAGAUCACUAUAAAUCUGCUCACGGAGCCCUAAACUAUCAAGCCCAUCAAUGUGAGCAUCGUGAUGAUCAGGGAUCAUUUAUUUCCCGACAACAAGCCUAUGAGAAUCUAUUAAGUAUGUGUGAACGUGGAACACUUAUCAAAUAUUAUAACUUUUGUAAAUCACUGGAAACCGUCGCCCGAGCCCGUGAGCAUCAUUUCAAUCAAAUGAAACAGUUGAGAAUGACAGCAUUGAUGGCUGAAAAUCAGCUGAAAAAAAUGGAAGAAGAAGGAAAUUUGGAGCAGGAUCCGGUGCUCAGAAGAUCAUUAAAACGGGAUAUUGCAACAUCACUCGAGAAAUUUGAAGAAGUCGCUGACGCUUUUGAGACGGCUGAUAAUCAUUGGCAACGGCUUAAUGAGCAUCCACAGGCGAAACAAUAUAUGCAUCCGGGAUCUGAAUUCGCGACUUUUAAUUUUAUGUUGGGAUUUGAGGAGUAUUUGGUUGGAGCACAAUUGGAAAAAGUGCAAUUCUCGUGUGAUUCGAUGCAAAAUAAGGAGAAUGGAGUGGCGGCGAGAUUAACCGAAGGAAUUGCCGAACUGCUAACACAAUUAUCGGAAAAACGAAAAUUGGAUAUUCGUCUGAAGCAUCGUGUUUUGGAUAUUGAUUAUAGCGGAUUUGAGCAUGUUUUACUGAAAGUUCAGCGAGAAAAUGGAGAUAUUGAAGAAAUGAAAGCCGCUUUUGUAGUAUCUACACUUCCAAUUGGUGUACUUAAAAAAACAAUUAUCGCCGACGAGCGUGCUCCGACGUUCACUCCCUCACUACCCGAUAAAAAAGUGGAAGCAAUUCGAAAUAUUGGCUGUGGAAGUGUGAAUAAGUGUAUUCUCGAAUUUGAUCGAGUUUUUUGGACGGCAAAUGGUGGAAGAAAUCAAUUUGUGACGGUUUCACCGAAUAUAAAAACACGUGGCUCCAUGAAUAUCUGGUCAUCAGUGCCUGGCUCAAAAGUACUGUGUACCUACAUUGUAGGCGAAGAGGCAAUGCUCGAGCUACCCGAUGACGUCAUAAUUCAAAAUGCGAUGAUAAAUCUUCAAAAAGCAUUUGGAAAUAAUUGUCCACGUGCUCCAAUCAGUGCACAUAUUACACGUUGGCAUGAUGAUGAGUUGGCAUUUGGAUCCGGUGCAUUUAUGAGCUUAAGGACUGAAACUACAAGCUUUGAUGACGUCAUGGAACCCCUCAAAACCUCCGAUGGAAUGUCACGGGUCUAUUUUGCUGGAGAACACACGUGUUCCAGCUAUACAUCGACGAUUCAAGGAGCAUGGAUGUCUGGGGCGAGAGCCGCCGCCGACAUUUCCAACGAUCAUAUUGGCAUCGGCUUUGUGGAUAUAAGUGGAACACGUGGUCAACGCGGUGAUGAAGAAGAAGAGCUUCUCAUUGAAGUGGAUAUUGAUGGAAAAAUUCCGGAGAAGGAUGAAAAUGAGGCUGUAGCUGAUAUUCCAAAUGCUCCAAAUGCUCCAAAUGCUCAAAAACCCGAAGAAAUCCCGAAAAUCGCCGAAGAAAUUGAACUCGUGGCUGAAGCUGAAAAGGCUGAAAAAGCUGAAGUCCAGCUGGAGCCACUAGUGCCAACAGUUGAAUAGACUACAAACUACAAAACUAAAAAUUCGAUUAAUUAAUUUAUUUAUUUUCACAUUUAUCUCAUUUGUCGGAUCUUAUGUACACAUUAAUUUUUUUUUUGAAAUUUUUUUUUUGAAGUAAGCCCCUCUGGUGUCUGAAAAUUUUAAAUUCCCCCCAACAAAAUGUUUUUUGCACACAAUUUGCCAUUCCCUGCUGCAUUCUUAUUUUUUUAAAUGGUACUUUUGAUCUUCUUCUCCCCCUCUUAUGUAUCACUUUUUUAAAAAAUUAUAUGAAGCUGUCUGAAAAAUC